AUGAACCCAAAAACUCGUAGUUCGUCUAAUCGCCUUUCGGAAUCUAGGAAUAUCCCUAGGAGCUUGUGGUUCGGGAUUAUAACAUGCGCAUCCUUUGUCAUCCUCAUGAUGGAAACGGUUUUUAUCCACAACUCUGUUUCGUCGGGAACUGGCUUGGCGAACAAGUCAUGCAUGCAAGAGCUAGCCACAUUUCCAUCCUGGCUCUAUUUAUCGCCAUUAGCUGGUGAAGCGUCUGGAGGCCGCUUCGGAGGUACGGUACAAGACACUCCUGGUGGCAGUGCUAAGAGGAAAUAUGUCUCCGAACGACGAUUCAUCUGCCCUUCUGCGCAAGAUUUGUUUGACUCACAGGAGCUUGAAAAGGCCAUUGGGGAUGCCCACGAUUUUCACACCAAGGGCGGGAAUCUUAAAGCCCUACAACAUUAUUUGGACCAACACAUGCAAUCCACUCUGGACAAGUUGCAAUUGCAGUUCACGUUCUCUGGUGGGGAAAAUCCGACAAAGCAUGCUGUCGACGACCUCAAACACUAUUAUAGCGCAAAUAAGGUUAAGCGCGGAGGGUACGGACAAUCCCUUCCUGGCGAUUUUCACGGCGAACGUCUAGAUCUGUUGACCGCAAAGCGAUGGAUCGACGUGAUUGAACCAGCUACAAGUGAACGGCAGAAUACGGCUGUCGGACCUUUUGAUCUAAAAUGCGAGAAGCUUGUACAAUUUGGAAAUGGCAACUACGAAACCAAGUUUAUGUGUGCCCCAGUCGAAAGUAAAACAGAGACUAAGGAAGACACGCAUGGCUGCCAUCUAUUCUCAGUGGGUUCGAACGAUCAAUGGGGCUUUGAAGAAGCAGCAAGAAUUCAAGUUCCGCACUGCCAGACACACACUUUCGACUGCACACUACAAAAUGGGAAGCCACAGAAGAAGCCUAAAGACGAGAACGUCCAUUUUUAUGACCGCUGCAUUGGAGAAAAGGCAGGAAACCCAAAAUACAAAGGCUACGAAGCUUUGGCUAACGAGACUGGAAUCAACAGCCCACCAAAGUACCUCAAGAUGGACGUAGAGGGCUUUGAGUAUCAAGUUCUUCUUGAAUCCGUACUAGCUGCUCCGCAGAAGAUUUGGCCAGAGCAAAUCAUGGUCGAAACCCACUGGGGCAGUCGCAUGGUGGACUUGCCGUGGAUGCUACGACAUAGACAGGCAGGAGAGCUUGCUUUAUUUUACUCUUCCCUUUAUCACAGAGGUGGCUACAUUCCUGUUUAUACUCGCAAUAUUCGCGGGUGCGAGCCAUGCAUGGAAGUUCUUUUAGCAAAGGUUCUUUGCACAGAAGACAUGUGA